AUACAAUGUUGCCAUAAGUAUAUAUAUCUGCUUUUUCAUCCCGUCGACUUCAUGAUAGUUCUAUUCUCCAUCGCAGUUCACACUCACUAAUCUAUUUCAUUAAUGUAUUUCAUUAAAAACACAAUGGGUUCUUUUCGCACUCUCUUACCGUUUUCCUUAAUAUCGUUGUCCCUUGCCCAACCAUACGGGACAUCAAAGAUCCAAUGGGGCCCGUGCAACAAGACUGAAGUUCCAUACGAGGUUCCGGUUGAAUGCGCCGCUAUAGAUGUUCCUUUCGACUACACCCAAUCAAACUCCAGCGAAACACUCCAGCUUGACCUUGUUAAAGUUGCUGCUGUGGUGCAACCCUCUAAGGGAAGCAUCCUCCUCAACUUUGGAGGACCAGGGGGUACGGGAAGAAACGAACUUUGCACGAAAAAGCUAUCUGAGGAAUUGCUAGCGCUUUCCGGCCGACAAUUCGAUCUAAUUGCAUUUGAUCCUCGCGGUACUUCCGGUUCUAAGAUACCUAUUCAAUGCUAUGAAAAUCAAUUUGACGCUUGGAACUUUCUCAUAACCUAUGGACCGUCUAACACAUCGGAUACGGAGUUGGCCAAGCAAUGGGCGCAAGCUGCUAACGUAGCGGACGUCUGUUCCAAGUCAAUGGCAAAGUAUGGUAGCGUUGUUACCUCCGCGUUUGUGGCAAGAGAUAUGAUGCGGAUCGUUGAUGCACUCGGAGAGGAUGGAUUGCUACGAUACUGGGGUUUCUCAUACGGUACCACGCUCGGCGCCACUACUGCAGCUAUGUUCCCUGACCGAGUGGAGAGAAUGGUUUUGGAUGGUGUCCAAAACCCGCAUGAGUACUACCACGCACAAGCCGACUUUGAAGAGUGGGCCGACUCAGACAAAUCCUUCUCCGCAAUCUUUACCGGAUGUGUUGCAAACCGCGAGAACUGCGACCUGGGCAAAGGUAACGAUAAGACGGCCGCUGAGCUCGAGCAAUCCGUCUGGGACCUCCUUGACGACCUCAAGGCGCGCCCAAGGGCCAUCGGGCCGUAUACGUUAAGCUACGCAUACCUGAAGUCCUUCAUCGUGAGGAUGCUUUACAACAGCGGAAAUUGGCCGGCCCUCGCUACCCUUCUCAACCAGAUCCUCAACGGGCAACCGGAGGACUUGGAGAAAUCAUUGACCGCAAUUUUCGGCGCUUACACCAACAUCACUGAUGCCUUAGCCGGAAUUCAACAGCCGCAAGCCCUCUACAGUAUCCACUGCAGCGAUAACAUGGUGAGAACUAAGAAUUUUGACGACUGGGUUCCGGCUGUUCAACGCAUGUAUGAUACUAGCAGAAUCAUCGGAGAUGCUCUAGUGAGCUUGUACGCUGCUUGCGCGCAAUGGAAAAUCGAGCCUAAGGAACGAUACACUGGAGAUUUCAACGUAAAGACGAAGAACCCAGUAUUGUUCAUUGGUAACAGCCAUGACGCACUCACACCACUACGUUCGGCGAAGAACGUCAGCUCUACCUUUGAAGGUAGUGUCGUACUGGAGGUUGACGGAUACGGUCAUGCCUCAUUGGCCGCACCUUCUAGCUGCACCAUCAAGACCACUUCCGCCUAUUGGGUGAACGGCACCCUUCCCCCCAAGGAUACGAUCUGCGACUCAGAUGGCCCACUCUACGGAGGAGUCACAUGGGCUGAUGUUAUCGCGAAGGUAUAUGGCAACGGUACCGCCAUCGCCAAGCGAGACGUUUUGCACGAACCCGUGAUUGGAGGCUCCCUGUUCCCCCGUGUAUCCUUUAAAUAGUGGGGAUAUAGUGGGAUCGAUCCUAGGUUAGAGAGAGACGAUACUACGAUUUGUGGACUAUUAUAGAUUUGGAUGGAUGAUUGGGAACUUGCGAUGGUAUUUAACAUUCUUUAGACUACAUUUUUAACCUGUAAUUAUUAUCUUAUCACUCCAAAUCGUCCUUGAUUACUACGGC